AUGGCUUCCUGCGGCCUGAUUUCCGCUUCCCUUCGCGUCGCUCCGUCCCUUGCUCCCGCGACUGGUCUUUCCUCGGCUUCACGACCCUCACUCGAGAGCCAAUCAGUAUGCGCGAGCAAAUCCGUGAUCCGCGUUCGCAAUAGCCUGAAUGAGGAAUCUCCCGUUGCCAAGAUGGCGGUCCCUGCGUGUUCAGCCGUGCUUGCCGCUCUCCUCGCCAUGCCUCUCUCCCCAGCGGCCGCGUCAGCAGCGGGAAUCAACGCCGUCGCCGUUCUGAAGGGAAGCUCCGGGGUUUCCGGGAUUGUCACAUUCUCGCAGGAAGGAUCAGGCCCCACGGAAGUGAGCGCCUCCGUGGCCGGGCUGACCCCUGGCCUGCACGGCUUCCACGUGCACAAGCUGGGGGACCUCUCCAACGGCUGCAUGUCCACUGGCCCUCACUUCAAUCCGGCGGGCAAGACUCAUGGAGCACCAGGGGAUGCAGAGCGGCACGCAGGCGACCUCGGAAACCUGGUGGCGAAUGAGUCGGGCGUGGCGACUGUGUCUCUGACUGACCUCCAGAUCCCUCUCUCGGGCCCAAACUCUGUGCUUGGCCGUGCUGUUGUCGUACACGCUGAUGCAGACGACCUGGGCAAGGGUGGUGUUGAGCUGAGCAAGGCCACGGGCAAUGCUGGCGGCAGGGUGGCAUGUGGUGUAAUUGUGGAGGGUCAAAGCUCGAGCGUGCAAGGAAUGGACUACAUGCUAGCGGCCUACGCAGGAGACAACCCCUUCCUGUUGGGAUGGCAGGAAAGCUCGUUCACCAACUUCCCCGCGGCCUUCUGGAACGUCGCCGUCGGUCGGCCGUGUCCCGGCAACACCUCGGACCUGCCGUACGCGGGCGUCUCCUGCAAUGACCAGGGCUACGUCGUCUCCGUGGACCUGAGCUACCCGUCGUUCCCAGCGGGCGUGCCCAAGCUGCAGGGUGGCUUGGACUGGAACAUCUCGGGCGUGCUCUUUCUCGAGCGCCUCGACGUCUCCUACAACCUUCUUGAAGGCCCUCUGCCGCCGCAGCUGGGGCUGGCGCCGAGCCUAAGGUCGCUGAACCUGGAGGGCAAUCAGCUCAACGGCACGCUCGACGACAUGCUCUGCUAUCUCGACAAGCUCGAGUGCCUCCAUCUCGCGGACAACAACUUCACCGGCUCGCUUCCCUGGUGCUUCAAGCGCUUCCCCUGCCCCGACUUCGCGGGCAACCCACAUCUGAACACCACCGGAUGCUUGGAUGUGACGUACAAGAGCUGUCCCAACAACUACACGGCGGUCGCAACCGCACCACCGCCGGCGGCCACGGGGCUGGGAGUGGGCGCGGUCAUCGGAAUCGUCUUUGGCUCACUCGCGCUCUUCGCGCUGGGCGUGGCGCUCUUCUUCUACAUCCGCUUCAAGCAGGAGGAGAAGCGCAAGCGCGAGGAGGCGGAGAGGCUCGCGCAGGACAUUGAGACCCAAAUCUCCACCCGCCACUUUGGCACGCUGAGGCGGUUCUCAGUGGACGAGCUGUCCAAGGCCACCAACGGGUUUGACGACGACAACAUGCUGGGCGAGGGUGGGUUCAGCAAGGUGUACAAGGGCAAGCUGGAGGACGGCAAGUUCGUUGCCGUGAAGAGAAUCAAGGAGGAGAAAAAGUCGGGUGGAGAGCUCAUGUUCCUAUCCGAAGUGGAGCUGAUCAGCCGAGCCGUGCAUCGUAACGUGAUGCACUCGGAGGGCUUCUGUGUGGAGAAGGGCGAAUGCAUGCUCGUGCUGCCCUUCUACGCCAAUGGCUCCGUGGCCUCCCGCACUCAAGGCAAGGAGGGCAACCCCAUGGACUGGCACACGCGCAUGAAGGUAGCCCGCGGCGCCGCAGAAGGCAUCGCGUACAUGCACACCGACUGCAACCCCAAGCUCAUUCAUCGCGACAUCAAGGCCGCCAACGUGCUCCUCGACGAGAACGACGAGGCAGUGAUCGCCGAUUUCGGGCUGGCGAAGGAGAUGGACGUGCAUGAGAGCCAUGCAUCCACUGCUGUGAAGGGAACCAUCGGGCAUAUUGCGCCAGAGUACUUCGUGAGCGGGCAGUGCUCUGAGAAGACGGACGUGUAUGCCUUUGGGGUCUUCUUGCUGGAGCUCGUAUCGGGCAAGGACGUGUUUGAACUCACUCUGCCGCCCGAAGCAGAAGAGCUGCUGCUCAGGGACUGGGUGGCCAACAUGCUGCGUGAUGGCAAGAUCCCCGAAUUCGUGGACAACGACCUCACCCGAUUGGGCUACGACGAGGCUGACGUGGCAAAGAUGCUCCAGGUGGCGCUUCUCUGCAUGAAGCACGACGCGGUGGACCGCCCAACCAUGGAUGAGGUGGCAAAAAUGCUUUCCGGAAAGGCCCUGGCGGACAAGUGGGAGAAGUGGCAGGAGGAGGCAGCGAAAAUGUCAGGAGAAGAUGUUAUGGCGGUGGUUAACACGCCCGCUAUUUGGGAGAACACCACCACGGUCUCCAAUCCUCGUCAAGGGUCUUUCCUUCCACGGUCGCGCGUCAAUCUCCGUUCGUCUCCUUCCGCGGAAAAGAGCACUGCGGUCAGCAUCUCGCGAAGAAUGAGGCUCCUUCAGUCGCUAGAGAAGGGCUCGCGGUCUACGAUUGCGAUGGAUGUUACAGGUUUCGCCACGCGAAACAGUUCGGGAGUUCCAAACGACGUGAUCGAGUCUUGGGAACCCCAAGCGGAUCGUUACUUGCUUGCUCUGUGCUUCUACGGCCGUCUGUCCAAUCAGGAGGUCUGCAUGCGAAGCUACUUAAUCUUCGCGGCGCUUCUGAACCGCACGCUUUUGGUUCCGGAUCCGGGAUUCGCGCAUCACCACCAGACGUGGUACAGAUGGCGGUGGAGCCUGAUAUUCGACAUUCCGCACCUCCAUACGUGUCUGGCGGACGCGUACGGGAACAACACCGUGCUUACAGUGGAGGAGCUUGUAUCGAGGACGAAUCAGAAUGUGACUGUAGACCACAUUGCUUGUGUCAACGGGAGGUCCUGCAUGGACAAUAUUCAACUGUCCUUCGCUCAGCUUCCCAACGUCACACUGCCUGGCAAGCUAGAGCACACUUUGGAGUCCCUCCCCACGGGGAGCCUCGCCGAUUUCCUCUCUGCCUGUGCUCCCUACGCCAACACUCGCGUGCUCAGCCUUGGGAACAUCUACGGCUUUGAGUUAUACGGCAGGUCCGGGCAGAUGCUGCAUGCGACCAAGCCUCCAUUCCGAACCUCGUGCCUGGACCUCUGGGAGCCGCCGCCAGUGGUUCGGAGGUUCGUUUCGGGGUUUGUUGAUACUUUCCUGGGAGAUGACUAUGCGGCUGUGCAUAUGAGGAGAGGGGACUUUUCGCAUGCUUAUUUGAGGAAUGAGGAGAAGGAGCAGAGCAGGGACCCAGCUUUUCUGCCAAUCGCGUCCAUUGCACGCUACAUUAUAUCAAGGCUCAGCGGCCGUGGCAUUAGUAUUCUGUACCUUGCCACUGAUGCAAGCCUGACUGAAGUGCAAUUCCUGGAGAAGCUGCUGCUGGAGUUGGACUCGAAGGCUCCCUUUGUUGUAGAGCGGCUUCCCGAAUUUACCAAGGGAUCGUUGGAGUACAAAGAGUCAGACUGGGUGCGCGAUUUCGAAGACUUGGACGAGGAGGACAAUGGCAUCCUGAGGGCCCUCGCCGAGAAGCACAUUUGUGCAAAAGCGCGAUACUUUAUUGGUACACCCAAGUCCACGUUCUCAACUGAUAUAUUCAGAUUAAGAGAGGUUGAAGGGCGUUCAUCAGAAGUGGACUCUUGUUUCGGGGAAGCGGCAUGCCAUCCGUAA